UAAAUUUGAAUGGAGUAUAGUGAGUGGUACUACUGUAGUCUGUAUCACUUCGCGUCCCCAGGGUAAGGACCCUGCACGAUUGUUCGGACCCGAUGGGUAUACCGACGCCCGGAGGCCUGGGACUGAUGAACCCUUGAAGAUGUAUAUCUCCUCCAUCUGCAUGACUACCGAGUCGGGAUGCCGGAUCGUUUGCCGGAUCCGCGAAUGAUCAGGAAGGGGUGUCGGACCCCUAGAACCGGCGAAUCAGAAGUCAAAAUGGGUCGGUUAGUUCGGAGUGCCACAAUCGACAGUAAACUAGUCGUGGUUUGGAUUCUUUUUAGGCUCGACGCCUUUGUGGGGUGGACUUUACGGUUGGUCCGCCGACAGCGGAACGGCCGGUUUUCGGCGGUUCCUAUCUGCUCAGUGAUUGGGCUAGUGGGAUCCGAAUUUGAUGAUUAGGAAGACGGUUGGGAGCCCUUUUCGUCUAUCCAUUAGGUGAUAGUAGAUAGCCACAGACACUGGAGGUUUGAAGUCAGCAUUGAGGACCCAUGAUUCCUAACUAGUCAGGACAUAAUGAUGGCCACAGAUGGGGGAACUAAGAAAGCAGGAACAUUAUCGGUUCGAAAGCUUAGAUGUACGCUAUUCUUGUCCUCUAGACUUAUUGUGAUUAGUUCCCUCGGACGCGAAAGAUAAUAAUAGGAACUGGUAGGUGGUUGGUUACGCGGAUUAUUGAUGCGAAGAAUUCUUGGCUGAUUGACACGGUUCAAGAGAAUACUAUUUUUGUGAGUCGCUAGGAACAGAGGAGGCUGAGCCUGAGGAAGUUAUUAUUAUCAGACAACACUAAAUGAGUAUGGAUUAUGGAGAGGGAGCGAGCACGAAUCCCACCGAGCCAAGACGGCGAAGGACGGCGGAAGUCUCGG